ACUCUUCAUUCGAGGAGGAGGAAAAGAAGAAGAGGGGGUUUUGUUGUCAUCCGUCAGGGUAGUGUGUCGAGCUUUUGUCCAGGAGAAAUGGCCGGAAUUAAAGCUCUGAUCAGCCUCUCCUUCGGAGGGGCCAUCGGCCUCAUGUUCCUCAUGCUUGGAUGUGCCCUGCCUGUAUAUAAUAACAAAUACUGGCCUCUGUUCCUCCUCUUCUUCUACAUCCUCUCCCCUAUCCCUUACUGCAUUUCGCGGCGGGUAGUUGAUGACACAGACUCUGCCAGUAACGCCUGCAAAGAGCUGGCCAUCUUCCUCACGACGGGCAUCGUCAUCUCUGCCUUCGGCCUGCCCAUUGUCUUCGCGAGAGCUCAAGUGAUCGCCUGGGGGGCGUGUGCGCUCGUGCUAACAGGUAACGUAGUCAUCUUCGGGACCAUCCUCGGUUUCUUCCUGGUCUUCGGAUCCAACGACGACUUCAGUUGGCAGCAGUGGUAAAACGUCCAAGUGAGGGGG